CUCAAGAGCCACACAGCUGUUUGCUGGCAGAUUACGCGACCGAUGGUGCUUCAACUUUUUUUAUUGCUAUAAUUCAUUUGACACUUUUAUUAAACAAACCUGAAGCACCAUGCACAAAAUGAUAAGGCAAAUGGCGCAGCUUACGGUGCAAACGCCGUUGCUUGCAGCUGCCCCCGCAACCAGCGCAGCCAAAUUGUUAGCCAUGCCACCUGUGAUCACGCAAAACGUUGACUGCUGCGGCGUGCACACGGCUACCUCUGGGGGUCUUUGCACCAAAUGGAAUAAACACAAUUAUGGACCACGCAAAUGGCUGGAAUACAACAAAACUGUGCAUCCGCCACAGGCAGUGGGCGAGGAACCACGGAAGGCGUAUGUAUGCCAUAUGCGCAGCAACAUUAAGUAUAGUCCGGACAAAAUGUGGUAUAUAGCGGCCUUUGUGCGAGGCAUGUCCGUAGAUGAGGCGCUCAAGCAGCUGAAUUUUGUGCUCAAAAAAGGCGCCACCGAUGUCAAGGAGACGAUACUGGAGGCGCAGCAAAUGGCCGUUGAGCGGCAUAAUGUUGAGUACAAAAGCAAUUUGUGGAUUGCUGAGUCCUUUGUGGGCAAAGGACGUGUCUUCAAGGGUUUGCGACGACAUGCGCGCGGUCGCUUUGGACGCGUUGAGUACAAGCACUGCCACUACUUUCUGCGGCUCGAGGAGGGCGAACCACCGCAGCAUUACUACCUACCUGAGCCACAAACACCACAACAGCAAUUGGAGCAUUGGUUGGAGCAGAUGCGCAGUCGGAAGAUCAUCAAUUCACUGUAGAUACUCGCACCCACACAGCAUACGUCCUUAUACACAGCCUCAUCCACAUAAAACGCAUUUGAAGUUGUUUUCAAAAACGUUAUUUUAUUAAUAAAAGUGAAAAUGAAAC